GCGGGUUGUUGACUCGACCCGGAUGUGACGGGGCUGCCGGGGGUCGUGUGGGUCACCGGGCCGUAAGAUGGCGUGGAGGAGCUGUUUGUUCCCUCUAAGCAGGGAGGUUUUACACGGCACCGCGAGAGGAAGCAGGCUGAGCCUCAGCUUCCAGCAGCGAUGUGGCUUCAGGAGAGCCGCUAAGAAGGCGGAGCUUAAGCGGGCAGAGGAGGAGGUGGCCCCGCCCCAGCCCGAGCCCAGCAGGGCCCCCCCGCCCCCCUGGGUCCCCCGGGACCCCCCCGGCCCCCCCAGAUCCUUCGGCAGGCUGCUCAAACCGCUGCUGUUCACUGUCGGGUUUACAGGCUGCUCGUUCGGCUCGGCGGCGAUCUGGCAGUACGAGUCUCUGAAGUCUCGAGUGCAGAGCUACUUCGACGAGGUGCGAGCUGAUUGGCUGGAGAAGCUGCGUCCUCAGAAACAAGGAGACUUCCGCAAAGAGAUCAACCAAUGGUGGAACAGCCUGAGCGAGGGCCAGCGGACGGUCUCAGGGAUCAUUGUGGCGAACGCGCUGGUGUUCUGCUGCUGGAGAGUCCCGUCCCUGCAGCGCUCCAUGGUCAAGUACUUCACCUCCAACCCGGCCUCCAAGACGCUGUGCUUGCCCAUGCUGCUGUCCACCUUCAGCCACUUCUCCUUCUUCCACAUGGCGGCCAACAUGUACGUCCUGUGGAGCUUCUCCAGCAGCAUCGUGUCCAUGCUGGGCCGCGAGCAGUUCAUGGCCGUCUACCUGUCUGCAGGUGUGAUUUCUACGUUUGUCAGUUAUGUGUGUAAGACGGCCACGGGGAGGCUGGGCCCGUCGCUCGGAGCGUCAGGAGCCAUCAUGAGCGUCCUGGCUGCCGUCUGCACCAAAAUGCCAGAAGCUAAACUGGCCAUCAUCUUCCUGCCCAUGUACACCUUCACCGCCGGCAACGCGCUGAAAGCCAUCGUUGCCAUGGAUACCGCCGGCCUGGUGCUGGGAUGGAAGUUCUUCGACCACGCCGCUCACCUGGGCGGAGCCUUGUUCGGCAUCUGGUACGUCCUGUUCGGCCACGAGCUCAUCUGGAAGAACCGGGAGCCCUUCGUCAAAGUUUGGCACGACCUGCGGACCCGGCGGCCGGGCGGGGGGGGCAACGGGGGAGGCUCCAUGUAGGCCCGCCCGCACGGGACCGACGGGGGCGGGGGGGCAACACUCAGAGUAAAAACAAACAAACAAACAAACAUCAGGAGCCACAGGACAGACUGGACUCCGCCCCCCCCCAGCUCACACAGGCAGCCGCCGCGAGCCCAAACGCCCCCCCGCCCCGCCCCACCCCGGCUCGCCCGGCACCAGGUACCCGUCUGCAGCGUGAGCCCUCGGGCCGGGCCGCCGUCCUCUGGCGGCCAUGUUGGAGGUCCUCACCUGAGCGUCUGGGCCUCAGCGCUCAGAGCCGGCCGCCGUCUGAGCCGAUCACCUGAUCUCAGACCCGUCUGAUCGGAGAACACAGAACCCUGAGAACGUAGAGACGACUCUUCAGUCAUUUUAGGCCAAAACUGGGGUCAACCCAGGACAAACUGCAAGAGAAGCUCCUCAGUUUGUCCUGAGUGAGGGGAAAAAAGUCCCAAGGAAUCCCAUUGGUGGAAAGUUUUGAAAAUC